AUGGAGUUAAAUGAUGUGGGACGCUUAUUAAUGUCAAUGACCAAGAAGGUGAAAAAAACUGCAUCUCAAAUAGUUCAUCCUUUAACACAAUUGGAGAAAUGGUUGAAAGAGGCAACAUCUAAUACAAAUUGGGGAUGCUCCUCGACAAUUAUGAAUGAAAUAGCACGUAGUAUGACAGAUUAUCACGACUAUGUGGUAGUACAAAAAUGCAUAGGAGAAUGUUUAAGUGAAAAGCCUACAAAGUGGAGAAAAAUCUUUAAGACUUUGGUUUUAGUGGAGUACUUACUGAAGAAUGGUAUAGAUCGUUUUGUUGAUGAUUUUAAAGAGUACAUGUAUAAAGUACGUCAUUUACAGGACUUUUGUUAUACAGAAGAAGGUAAAGAUAAAGGGGUAGGUAUAAGGGAAAAGUCAAAAUAUAUAUUGAAUUUAAUGAAUGAUCCAGUACUUUUGAAGACUGAGAGAAAGAAAGCAAAGGAUAAUCGCGGUAAAUAUAUUGGAAUUAAUGGAAAGACUGGGAUUAUUGGAACAGGGGGAAGAGUAGGAGGAGGAGGAGGAGGAGGAGGUUUGAUUAGUAAUAUUAGUUCUAACAGUGCAAGAUUCAAUAAUUCAUCAAUUUCAUCAUUAUCUUCAGUUACAACAAGUGUAUAUGGAAGCAAAAUGGAAGAAUUAUAUGAUCCUUAUUGUAUGAAUUACUCUGGCCGUGAUGGUACAAAGGAUAAGGAUUAUUCACCUUCACAAUGUGGAUUUAAUAUAAGGGAUGGCUUAGAUGUGGUUAAAAAUGCUGGAAUUUCCUGCAGAGAAACUACAAGCUUUUCAGAUACUUCUUUGAAGCUUCCCGGUCCACCAUCUUACUCAGUAGGUACUUACAGAGGAUCUGGAGUAAAAAGGACCCCAAUAGGAGGAGGAAUAAGGAGGAUUGAGGUUACAAGGGAAGUAGCAAGAACAGGAGCAUUAUCUGGAGUAUCAGGAGCGAAUUAUGGAGCAAUAGGGAUUCCUGAUGAGUCAAUAUUAAAUGCAGCUCAAAAAUUGGCUAAGGAUGGUGUAGGAGAAGGAAAUAUGUUUAUUGUGGAGAAUGAGGGAAAGGGUGGAGAUGAGGAGGAGCAAGAACUGGACGAUUUGCAAUUGUCAGAUUGGAGUACUUUUGUAGCAGCAGAAAGUGUAAAGGAAGAGACUGAGGAAAUCUCCCAGACACAAUUUAAAGAUCAGAAGAAUAUUACCAACAAUAAGGGUGAUGAAAGACCUUCAUUGAAUCCAUUUGAGUCUAAAAACUUUGUAACUGGACCACAUUUGGAGGAUAUUGAGAGAAGGAAGAAGAUUAUAAACGAAUCAAUUGGAGAUUUGUUGGACUUUGGCUCAUGGAAUGGAGGAACUGGAAAUGGAGAUAGAGCCAGUUUUAAUAAAACACCAAUAAAUGAGGAGUAUAAUAGCUAUAACGACAGAAUGCAGUACAAUGAUUAUAGUAACUUUCAACAACAGGAGAAUAAUGGGAUUACUACUGGAAACAACAAUCUACACAUACCAUAUGGGUUUUAA